ACAAAAACGUAUGGAACGUUCGAAAACGUCAAGCGGAAUGAUAUUCGUGAUUUUGGUUUCUGACUCGUUUUAAGGCUUGCUCCUGUUUGCUUCCAGUACUUCAGGAGAAAUAUAAUACGGUUGAAGCGUUCGAAUUUGAAUGAAUAAAGCGCGAAAAAUAAACGCGCGUAUUCUUAAAUCGCGAGACGAUUAUUGGAGUUUCGGAGAACAUGCCAAGCAUCAGAGUGAUCGACGGUGACACGGGAAUUGUUCAUACGUUGGAAGUUUCUCAGGAAGAUGCCGCAAAGGCUAAUCAAGAUCCCUUAUUCGCGACGCAACUUAUGCACAAUUAUGAAGCGAUAAUUGUGCAGAGUCCUGAUCAAGCUGUUGUUGAAACAGAAUCUUCUGGCAAUGGUCCAUUAUCUCAUACCACGGUACAAGAAUUUUCUCAAGAUUUUUCUCAUGAUUCUUCUCAAGAAAAGGAUGGUUUUCGUUGGCCGCAUGAAGCAAUUAUUUUGCUUCUCACAGUAUAUAAAGAUCAGGAACACCAAAUUGUAUCUGGAACAAUGACAAUGAAAAAGUUUUGGGCUAUAAUUGCCAAUCAAUUAAUCAAAAAAGGUUAUAAUGUCAAUGCUUCUCAGUGCAAAAGUAAAAUGGCAGGUUUAAAAAAUACCUAUAAAAGUGUGAAAGAUCAUAAAGGAAAGAGUAAAUACAACAAAUAUCGAACAUGGCGAUAUUAUGAUAUUAUGGAUGAAAUAUUCAAGAGAAGACCAUGGGUGACUAAGGUCCUUACAUCAGAUAGUCCAACCUCAUCUUCUGAAUAUAUAGAUAAAAAAAGAGGUUUAUCUCCAUGUAAAACUGAAUUGCCUUCCAAGCGCUUAAAACAGUUUGGUAUGUUGGAGAAUAUAAUUGCUGUCACAGAGGAAAAUACUACUAUACGAAGAAAGAUGCAUGAAGAAGCAAUGGCUCGCCAGGAUAAGUUACUCGAUAUUUUAGGAAAAAUACCCAGUAAUUCAACCUCAUCACAUGAAAACAAUGCUGAUAAUGAAAGAAGUAAUUCCUGUAAAAUAGAAUUACCUUCCAAAUAUUUGAAGCAAUAUGCUUUGUUAGAAAGGAUAAUUGCUGUUAUGGAGGAAAGUACGACCGAAAGGAAAAGGAUGCAUGAAGAAGCAAUGGCUCGUCAGGAUAAAUUACUUGACAUCCUGGAAAAAAUAUUAAACAAAUAGCAGCAUGACACAUAUAUGUAUAUAUAGUCUAAUUAUUGAGCUAUGCAUAGAAAGUUUUGUGAUAUUUUGUACUAACUAAAGACAAUAAUUUUUA